AUGUUUUUGAUGAAUGGUGCGUUUUAUGAAUGGGACAGACCAGAGCACCUGAUCUGCAAGUUCACCAAUGGUGAUGGCAAGGGCCAUUUCCGCCGCCUCCAGCAGCCAAAUCCAGCUUUCCAAGGAAACACUAGAACAGUGUCUGCCGUGCUGUUUGGACUUUUUCGAGUAGAAGAGAUCACCAUGCCUGCCGUCUUCGAUAAAGAUCUCCAAGAUGUCUUGCUCAUCGCCAACCCUCAUCCAGCUUUGCGGAAUACCGAAGGACAAUAUCUAAUGUCAACAUCAUUUUGGCUCUGCUUGAGCAGAAAUCGAGAAUUCCUACAUGGCUCUUUGACGAUGAACAUCCAGAUCCGCCACCGAUAUUUGGCUUGUGGCAUGUUACUCUACGCCGCUAUCUCAAUCUAG